AUUAAGUAAAAUAAUUAGAUUAAACCUCGAAUUCAAUAUUCAUUUACCGAUAAACUUACAAAGAAACAGUGAAUUUUGUCUCGACCAGACAACGUGAUCUUAUAAUAUUCUUUAAAGGAAAGGGAAAUAAAAGUACUAGUAGUAUUUUCUAAUCUUAGCUGCCUAAUUCUCCUAUUGCAUGUGCUCACGGCUGACAUGCAUGUCAUUGUCACACAAUUGCCUCCAACCAAGGCCUAUCAAAACCCACAAAAUCCUUAUCCGAGGAACAAGGUCCUGUGUAAUAUGUUGUAGAAGGUUUUAGACAAAGAAGCUUCACCGUCAUCAGCCGAGAGGAAGUAGCUAAAGAUUCAAGCAGCCAUGGCGGCCUUGAGUUGUCAGUUUCAUUUCGCUAUCCGUGGACUUCCUCGCAAUGCCAGAAUUAGGCCUUCCUUCUCUUGCUCAGUGCAACCCUCUCAAAGCAAUAUUAAGGUUGUUAUAAAUGGAGCAGCAAAGGAAAUAGGAAGGGCCGCAGUAAUUGCUGUGACUAAAGCUAGAGGAAUGGAGGUGGCUGGUGCAGUGGAUUCCUAUUUUGUAGGAGAAGAUAUAGGAAAGGUAUGUGAUAUGGAAGAGCCUCUAGAAAUUCCCAUAAUGAAUGAUCUCACAAUGGUCUUAGGUUCGAUAUCUCAGUCAAAAGAGACAGGAGUCGUUGUUGAUUUUACUGAGCCUUCAGCAGUUUACGACAAUGUCAAACAGGCAACAGCAUUUGGUCUGAAAAGUGUGGUUUAUGUGCCUCGAAUUAAGCUUGACACAGUAACAGCACUAUCUGCGUUUUGCGAGAAAGCCAGCAUGGGUUGCCUAGUUGCACCAACUCUGUCCAUAGGAUCCAUUCUCCUUCAGCAAGCUGCCAUUUCAGCUUCCUUCCACUACAAUAAUGUAGAAAUUGUUGAAUCAAGGGCACAUGCAAAAGAUCUUCCUUCACCAGAUGCCGUCCAGAUUGCCAAAAACCUCUCAAACCUGGGUCAGAUCUACAACAGAGAAGACCUUUCAACAGAUGUUUUGGCAAGGGGUCAAGUUCUAGGUGAAGAUGGGGUGCGUGUUCACAGCAUGGUCCUUCCUGGGCUUCCAUCUAGCACAACAGUUUACUUCUCUGGCCCAGGAGAGGUUUACACCAUCAAACAUGAUAUCACAGGUGUGCAGUGCCUCAUGCCAGGCCUAAUCUUGGCUAUUAGAAAGGUUGUCCGACUCAAGCAUCUGGUGUAUGGCCUGGAGAAAUUUCUGUAG